AUACCAGGAUGUCAGGGAACUGUUGCCAAAGCCAUAAUGAAUAAUCAGGCUGUUAGUAAAAGAAGCCUCUCCAAGUUAUAGUAUUUUUUAAAAAUUCUAGUAUUGAAGAAACUAAUUAAAAGCCCAUCUGGUUGAGAUAGUAAUUCAUUAAGGAAAAAGAGGAGGCAGAAGGCUUGGGAAAAAUCGAUCCUUUUCUUUCUUUGUUUCAUGCAUUUCAAAUUAUUGUGAAAUGAUAGCGACCAAAGUCUGGAUUCUGGACUGUGCAGAGUGCAGGAAAAUCCUAGGAACAUUCUUGGCGUGUUCUAAUAGUGGCUUCCCAGAAAUGAGUGUUUUCGGUGGGUGUGGCGUCAGUGAGCUGAUGUGCUUUUGCAAGGGGUCUCUUUAGAAGUGGUAGGGGCAGGGUCGAGAGAAGAAGGAGAUGUAGACUCUGUACAUGAGGAAGGAGCUAGACUCACUCAGGAAACUCCCCAUUCUUCCUGUGCUGGCUGUGGCACACCCACCAGUGGCACACCCCUCCCUCGGGUCCAGUUCAGCCUACAGACUCCUGGGAGGAGAGCCAGGGCCCCAGCCUCUCCUUUGAGGAGUGUUGCAGCCUUUCUGUGUGCCAGAUGCCUAGUGAAGAAAAGCUGAAACCCUGGAGCUUUGUGCAUGUUAAUGACCUUGGAAAUGACUGAGCUCAUGGACCCUCAUCACACCAUCGAAGACUACAAAGUGGCACACCCUCAGGACCCUCACCACCCAUCAGAGAAGCCUGUCAUUCACUGCCAUAAAUGUGGGGAGCCUUGCAAGGGUGAAGUGCUUCGGGUCCAGACCAAACAUUUCCACAUCAAGUGUUUCACCUGCAAAGUGUGUGGCUGUGACCUGGCACAAGGAGGCUUCUUCAUAAAGAACGGAGAGUAUCUCUGCACCCUGGACUACCAGCGGAUGUACGGGACACGCUGCCAUGGCUGUGGGGAGUUCGUGGAGGGCGAAGUGGUGACCGCUCUGGGCAAGACCUACCAUCCCAAUUGCUUUGCUUGUACCAUCUGCAAGCGCCCGUUUCCACCCGGAGACCGAGUCACAUUCAAUGGGAGAGACUGCCUUUGUCAACUCUGUGCACAGCCGAUGUCAUCCAGUCCGAAAGAAACUACCUUCUCCAGCAAUUGUGCCGGCUGUGGAAGAGAUAUCAAGAAUGGGCAGGCGCUGCUGGCGCUGGAUAAGCAGUGGCACUUGGGGUGCUUUAAAUGCAAGUCCUGCGGGAAGGUCCUCACCGGGGAGUACAUCAGCAAGGAUGGUGCCCCGUACUGUGAAAAGGACUACCAGGGACUCUUUGGGGUGAAAUGUGAGGCGUGUCACCAGUUUAUCACAGGGAAAGUCCUGGAGGCAGGUGACAAACAUUACCACCCCAGCUGUGCACGAUGCAGCAGAUGCAACCAGAUGUUCACAGAAGGAGAGGAAAUGUAUCUUCAAGGUUCCACUGUUUGGCAUCCCGACUGUAAGCAAUCUACGAAGACCGAGGAAAAACUGCGGCUGCCAAACAUUCAGCGUUCUUCAUCCGAUUUCUUUUAUCCCAAAAGUCUGAUUCGACGCACAGGACGGUCUCCGUCUCUGCAGCCUACCAGGACAUCCUCGGAAAGUAUUUAUUCUAGACCAGGCUCCAGUAUUCCUGGCUCACCAGGUCAUACUAUCUAUGCAAAAGUAGACAAUGAGAUCCUGGAUUACAAGGAUUUAGCGGCCAUUCCCAAGGUCAAGGCAAUUUAUGACAUUGAACGUCCAGAUCUUAUUACUUAUGAGCCUUUCUACACUUCGGGCUAUGAUGACAAACAGGAGAGACAGAGCCUUGGAGAGUCUCCAAGGACUUUGUCUCCUACUCCAUCAGCAGAAGGGUACCAGGAUGUUCGGGAUCGGAUGAUCCAUCGGUCCACGAGUCAGGGCUCCAUCAACUCUCCUGUGUACAGCCGCCACAGCUACACUCCAACCACGUCGCGCUCUCCCCAGCAUUUCCACAGACCUGGCAAUGAGCCGUCCAGCGGCCGGAACUCCCCUCUCCCUUACCGGCCAGACAGCCGCCCUCUAACUCCAACUUACGCUCAGGCCCCUAAACAUUUCCAUGUUCCAGAUCAAGGGAUCAACAUUUACCGAAAACCACCCAUCUACAAACAGCAUGAUGCAGCUGCCUUGGCAGCCCAGAGCAAGUCCUCAGAAGAGAUCAUCAAGUUUUCCAAGUUCCCAGCAGCCCAGGCACCAGACCCCAGCGAGACACCAAAGAUUGAGACAGACCACUGGCCUGGUCCCCCCUCAUUUGCUGCCGUAGGACCUGACAUGAGACGCAGAUCUAGUGGCAGAGAGGAAGAUGACGAGGAACUUCUGAGACGCCGACAGCUUCAAGAAGAGCAAUUAAUGAAGCUUAACUCAGGCCUGGGACAGUUGAUAUUGAAAGAAGAGAUGGAGAAAGAGAGCAGGGAAAGGUCGUCUCUGUUAGCCAGUCGCUAUGAUUCGCCCAUCAACUCAGCUUCAUAUAUUCCAUCAUCUAAAACCGCAUCUCUCCCUGGCUAUGGAAGAAAUGGGCUUCACCGGCCUGUUUCUACCGACUUCGCUCAGUAUAACAGCUAUGGGGAUGUCAGCGGAGGAGUGCGAGAUUACCAGACGCUCCCAGAUGGCCACAUGCCUGCGAUGAGAAUGGACCGAGGAGUGUCUAUGCCCAACAUGUUGGAACCAAAGAUAUUUCCAUAUGAAAUGCUCAUGGUGACCAACAGAGGGCGAAACAAAAUCCUAAGAGAGGUGGACAGAACCAGGCUGGAGCGCCACUUAGCCCCUGAAGUAUUUCGGGAAAUCUUUGGAAUGUCCAUACAGGAGUUUGACAAGUUACCUCUUUGGAGACGCAACGACAUGAAGAAAAAAGCAAAACUCUUCUAAGUCCCACUCAUGAAUGGCAAUUAGAGAAAGGACUGACAGUGGCGGUGCCCCAUAGGAUGUCAUACUGAGGCCCAAACUUGAUUGGAGGAUUUGCAAAUUACCAUCGCUCAGCAAUGCCAAAAAGAGAAAGUCUAGUUAGAACACCCAUAAGUCAAAUGUUGGGCCAGCCAACAGUAACACUUGCCAAGAAGCAUGGCGUAGAAAUUUCUAUGUUCCGAAACACAGAGUAGUGUCCACGUGUGACCUUUUCACAUUACCUUAUGUAUACAACAGGAGCUGCAUUGUUUUCUUCUUCUUUUUUUUUCUUUACCUGUUGUCCAACAACAGUGCUGACUGUCCGGAUAAGAGCCAGCAAGUGUCCUUAGGAUGCCACAUGGGAGAAAUCGGUUGUCAUAAUUUCAAAGUAUAAAUAUAUUUAUUAUGUAGUGCUGCGGCUAAGAAGGAAGAGUGAGGGGUCUGUCCAUGGGGCGGCAGUGACUUCACACCCGCCUUUCUUGACUGGCUUCAUGUUACUCACCUGCGCCCUGGCAGGAAUGGAACUCUGUCAGGGAAUAGGGCAGCUCUGUUUGAAUGGGGUGAAUAACAGCAAAAUUAAUUCUUAACAAGCUCCUUGUUCUCUACUGUUCACGGGGACCUGGUUGGCAAAUGACUUAGCUAUUAGUAUAUUUAAAAACUGUUCAAAAGCAAAAGAGAAGGAACAGGAAUGAAAGGGAACCUUCCCUUAACUCUUUCUGCUUCCCAUAGCAGGCCUGGUUCCUGCUCCCCACCUAGGACAGGAGCUGUCUGGAGCUCCACCUUUGCAAAGAAAGGAAAAACACAAAUUGCCUCCAGAUUGCCCCAGUGGCAUGCCAUUAGGUGAUUUUGCCUAGGGGCCAUAUCGCUCAUGGCCAAAAAACAAAACAAAACAAAAACCAGUCCCAUGUCCUACUGACUAGUUCUUCCGGUCGGUCAUUAUUCUCUGCUGUCUCUGGCAUCCUGUGAAUCAGAUCAAGCCCAUGCUGUUGUUGGUUUGUAAGGUUUCUUUCAAUAAUAAUAGGCUAAGGAAAGACAUGUUUUUCUCUUUUAUAUCUCUACAACUCUGAAGUAGACUCCUUCAAACGGAUUUAAUUUGGCCUUUUCAGCUUUCUUCUUGCCCGGUUCUGUGGACUUCAUGGGUGUGUGCACACGUGUUGGUUUCACUCACCCAGAGCAAUUUUGGGAGCGUGCUUGUGCUUUUUAAUUUCCGCUUGAAUGUCCCGCUGUGUUGCAGUUUCUAAAGACAUUUUCACUGAAUGUGUAUGACUCAAAGAGUGAGGCUAAACUGCGCCCCCAACAUCACUUCCUUCGUGGAAAGGUGUUGGCGCUGAUGUAGCUCAUGGCAGGAUCAGACUGAGAACCACAAAGGAAGGAUGAGGCGGGAUGUGGAGGUCAGAGCAUCUCACGAGAGUCCCUCGGAGUCUGCAACACUAGAUUCAAAUUUGAGCCUAGGGUAUCCCCAACACGUGCAUGCACGUGAAACCACAUCAUGAUUCCCGACGUCAGUUAGAUGAGGGAGAGUUUGUGUAACUCCACACCCAGGAGGGUACGCCACUUUAUUAUCGUGCUUUGGGGCUGUGCUUAAGAAUUUAAGCUCUGUUUUUAAAGCCAAAGAAGAAAGUAUUUGAAUUUACCUUCAUAUGCCACUAAGAACAAAAGCUCUGAAGUACUUCCUGCUGGCACCAAGUAUUAGGAUUACAAGCUGUCUCUCUGACACUAGUGGUCAAAAAGCAAGUAGAAUAGUUUCUGAGUCUGUGUUGCAGCCUCUGACACGUGGCUCACUGCUGUCAUUUGGGGGCUGGAAUGAACAAUCACUGUUUUAUAGCAUCCUCCUGUGCUCUUACCUAAGGAAUCUAAAUUGUCCUAGCCUUUCAUUGCUAUGCACUGAAUGAGGACUAUUCUCGUGUGUGUGUGUGUGUGUGUGUGUGUGUGUGUGUGUGUGUGUGUGUGUGUGUGUUGGACCUACUAACAUAUUUAGCAAACGGCUCUGACAGGGUGGCCACGAGCAGAUGAGACCAGCUCUGUCUUGGUUGGAAGCCACAUUGCAGUUUGCAGUUUAGCCUUUGGUGUCUCAGUGGCCUCUUGCUUAUUCCAUGCUUUUUCUGUCCCAUCCUCUCUCUGUGCCCUCCUGCUCUGGCAGCCUUGGCACAAGGCCUGGGUGUCCUCGUCCUUGCUUUACUCUGGAAAGUGUGGGGAUGGAGAGGAUGGUGCAUUUCCAAUGUUUCCUUACCUGUCAAUAACAAUGGUGGCCACAUGGGUCCCAGCACUUGGCUGGUGGAGAGAUUUUUUUCAUUAUGGAGCUAAUAAAGCGUCCGCAUGUUUUACAUUGAUUAAUGAAUUAUCACCCAGACGUGCAGAUCUAAUGUCAAUAUAAGAAAAAUCAAGGCAUUGGGAGGUACACGGGCAUAAUCAAGUAGUUUUGCUAAAAUUCCUCUUCCUUGGUCUACAUAAAGAAGACAUGGGUCUGUCAUAGAAUGGGGACAUUAGACUGAAAACUGGGACAACCCCCUUCCUUAUUUUAUAGAGACUAGGAGUUAAGGGGCCUGCCUAAGAUUGCAAUGAUAAAGAACUGAACCCUAAAUCAGCUCCCACUAAUGAAACCCUACUUUCCUUGUAUCUUUUAAACUCAGUUCUGCAUCCAACUUGAGAAGAAAAAGCGUUUCUUUCCAUAUCAAGUCCAAUAUGAGUUCAUUUAAACUGCACCUUGCAGAAAUGCAUUGCCAGAAAGCACCAGUAGCCUCCUGUCUGCAAGCAGAGUAAUGCUCUGUUCUGGGGAGGGGUCAUUGGAAACCAUAAUGCAGAGUGGGCCCCCAACUCCAUUUCCCAGCAGAAGGCUCCAGCUGGAGGGAUGGGUCAUGGGGCAGCCUGGUUCCUGCUAACUGCCAGAUCGAAUGUGUGGGCUAGAAUGCCUGUCCAUUUGGUUAAACUGGGCUCAGCAUGCUUCUCCUCAAAAUGUCCAUCCAGGUUACAGCACACAAGAUGGGUAUUGGUCUGCUUUCACCCCACCCUGUACUACACAUGAAAAUUUCAGUUAUUAACACACUCAAACUAAUGGAGCUUGUUCACCCUAGGAAGGGGACUAUAUAUAGGGCAGGCUUCCCUGGUGCCUAUGUAAAGGGCUACAUUUUGGAACAUAUGACUUCCUUGGGACUCUUAAGUGCAUACUGAUGGCAUGAAGUAAAAGGGGCCUCUAUGAUGACAGGAAAAUCAGUUCUUUUAAAAUUUCUUCAAGAAAGUCCAGGCUAUCACAUAGUCUUUCUGUGUGACUUAUUAGGCGAUAGGAAGAGCAUUGGGAAACUUGCACAGCUAGCUAUGCAUCUACAUUUUGGUUUGGGGUUAGUUAUGAAAUGUUCUUAAUAUGACGUCUCCAAUAACUUCACAUAAACUGCCUGUUCUCUGAAACCUCAAAGAGAUAAACUAGAGUUAAUGAGUUGUUUUUUUUUUUAAUGGGGGUAGUUUUCUAUCUAUCAUGGGCUCUAGUAUCUACUCCACUACCCAAUUCUGUCCUCUCCAAGCUGAGUUUCCUCUUCUGAGGCAGAGGCUGGAGCAGUUCUUUUUCAGUUCUCAUCCUCUCCAUCCCAGUCCAGUAUAUCGAUCAACUCUUAACUUGGAGAUGUCUAGCUGGUAAUGUGUCUAAAACUUCACUGGAUUUCUUUAGGCAUUGAAGCAAACAUUUUUUUCUAAGAAUUGCUUCUCAGAUGAUGAUAUCAAAUGUAUAUGCUUUUGCAAGUUUGAAAAAUUCAAAUUAACCCCUUUUGACUAGGUAGGUCUUUCUAAAAACCAUUUAAAGCUAACUGGGUCUUAGCAUCCUCCUGUGUAUGGAAGGGACAGGUGACCACUCCAGGUUGGGUGCUCACAGAACCCUUUUCCUGACUCUCAUGGAAGAUGGUGGAAGGAAAAUGGACUGUCUCAUCAAUACUCCUGUGUCCUCUGAAGCAAUCUCAGUUUUUAUUAACCACCUCUUCUGUGUUUCUGGUAGCUAUUUAAUCUGUAUUUAAUCUGUACUACUUAUGCCAGCCUCGAUUUUAUUUGAUUUUUAAAUUAGUCUCUUCUAACCAAUGAAGUGUUUGUCAGUAUGCCCCAAAGCUUGCUCUUUUGUGCUCCCUUUUGAAUAACUUUCUAUCCAGAAAAAGAGAUUAUUUGGGACUUGAGAUUUGCAGUGAUACCAACUUACAGCAAUGAUGUACUUUAAGGGAACUACCCGCUAUGUUGUGAUAGGAGAAAGAGAAACCUUCACUUUGGUAUUUUUUUAAAUCGCUGUUUAUUUUUCUGUUUGCUGCCCAGGAAGCAGUGGGAGGUGGUGACAGAUACGCUUUGCAUAUGGAUUGUUACGUUUUUUAUUUGGGCAAGUUUAAUCAUGGAAAACUCAAAAAGAAAGGGGGAAAUGGUCAGUUUAAGCCAAAAGAAACUUUCUAAACAAUGUAUAUGUACACAGCAAAAUUAAACAAAUCGAACAAUUUCUGAAGCUUAGUGUAAUUGAGUGGUGGUUGUUACUCAAUAAAAUUAUUCCCAAAAGUGUUUCUCCUAAGAGUGAAGUUCCCAUGAGUCACUUCCUGAACCCAUUGACCAAAGGUGGACAGAGACAAUCCUGUAGACCUUGACAUUCAGAAAGAUGUGAGCUGCUUACUGAUCAUAUAUGUAUAUGUUUCUUUACAGCAGAGGAAACCAUUGUCCACAAAACUGAUGUUCUUUUGGGGUUUUAUGUACAGACUUGUCCAAGGAUGUGUGUGGUUACUAUGAGUUGCUGAUGACUCUGCACUGAAGCUCUCCGAGUUCUUUCAUUUUAAGUUGGGUUUAUGGAAUUAUUUCAAUUGUUGGAAGGCGUAUGGUUCUUCCUGCCCUCCCUCCCCUUUUGGAAAUAGGAAAGCAAAUGUUUAGAAGAAUUCCUUUUGAAAAGCUGUGUCGUGUUCCCUGUGAAACUGAGCUGGUGUGUGUCGGCGCGCUAAGUGCCACGUGCUUGUGUGCAGAGGAGGUGGCGGCCCUGCCAGCCCCGCGCUGCUGUGCCUGUGAUCCCGACCUGCUCCCCGCUCCUGUUGCCAGCAGCACUCACUGCACUCCUUUGUCAUAUACUCUGCAUCACUAUCAUACUCACAACUUCAUGAAUAAAGUUGUGUGCUUUAUUCGUA